ACAACUAUACAGUUAUAACACAGUUAAAUAACUAAUCUAUAAAUAGAGUAUGAUGUUAUUUGAUUCUGAACAUUCUUUACACAAUAAUAUAAUGGAAUUCACUAAGAGAAUUUUGAUGGUGUUUGCUCUAACCAUUAUGUUGGGUAUCUCCUAUGUUCAGUGUCGUCAAAGUCUGGAGCUCAUGCCUUGGUCUGGAGAAAAAUUUACUCAAUGUUUCGACUCAGGCCCAUGUCGGCAAGGAAUGAUGAAAUGCAUUGAGUUCUGUACCUCAAUGGGAACUGUAAAUGGACAAUGUAAUAUUGAAAAUAUAUGUUGUUGCAUUCAUUAGUGUUACUCUAAAAGUCUGGAUCAACGUUGCCUUUUAACUAUGGAGGAGAACCCUUGAUAUGAUUACUGUAUCCCAACUCUUUAUUUGUAGAUGAACUAUUGUCAUGUGCUGAUAAUGUAUGAUGGUUACUAUAUUUUCUUUUUA